AUCCGCCGAGUCCGCGCGGACGCUGCUGGUCCAAAUAACACACUUCUCCUCGGCCGCGCGCGUCGAACCCCGUCGACGACGCCACGAUGCUCUUCGGCGGACGGCGCAACGAGGUCUUCGACGAGCAGUACCACUGCUUCUCCGGCGCCUUCGCCGACAAGCCGAACCUCGAGGAGGGCGACAAGGUCCUGCUGCCGUCGAGCGCGUUCGAGCAGCUCGCGCGGCUGCAGAUCGAGUACCCGAUGCUCUUCGAGCUCCGCUCCGCCAAGGGGCGCACGCACUGCGGCGUGCUCGAGUUCACGGCGCCGGAGGGCAACUGCUACGUGCCGUUCUGGAUGAUGCAGAACCUCAUGCUCGAGGAGGGCGGCGUGCUCUCCGUGAAAAACGUGUCCCUGCCCAAGGCGACCUUCGUGAAAUUCAAGCCGCAGUCGACGGACUUUUUGGACAUCUCGAACCCGCGCGCCGUGCUCGAGAAGCAGUUCCGGACCUUCUCCUGCCUCACCGUCGGCGACCAGAUCUGCCUGCCGUACAACGACAAGCGGUUCUACCUCGAGGUCCAGGAGGUGAAGCCCCGCGAGGCGGCCUGCAUCAUCGAGUGCGACUGCGAGGUCGACUUCGACGCGCCCGUGGGCUACACGGAGCCGGACUACGCGUCGCGGAGCCGCGCGACGAGCGAGGCGUCGUCCAUGCCGGACCUGCCCGCGCCCCUCAAGGCGCUGUCCGCCGCGAAGGAGGCCGAGGCCAAGGCCAAGGCCGAGGGCAACUUCAAGUCCUUCGCCGGCGCGGGCAGCCGCCUCGACGGCAAGGACCUCAAGAGCGCCCAGGCCGCGCUCCUCGAGAAGAUGCCGCAGCAGCCGCCCGCGAGCGAAUCCAGCAAGGCCUGGCAGUCGCGCGGCAUGUCGUGCGCGGGCGACGCGGCCGCGAAGCGCGCCGCGGGCGCCGCGGGCGGCGGCGCCGCGCCGCCGAAGCCCGUCUUCCGCAAGCCGAAUACGUCCAAGUGGGCCAAGACCAACAAGGCCGCGUUCUCCGGCUCCGGCAACUCGCUCAAGUGACCGCGCGGGGGGGCGCUAACACGACCGCCG